AUGGCCGUUCGGACAAAUCCCGGAGCCAGAGCACCAGAGUCGCAGGGAUGGAAAUCAGCGCCUAAUAUAAUACUUCCGGUUGAAGACGAUCUCCAGGAAAAAUAUAAACCGUCGGAAACUGCAGGCGAUUUCCUUAGCUUGCCGCCGAAGAAGAGAUCUCUGUCGCUACCCAAUAUGGCCGUGGGUGAAAAUUCCGGGGGAGAUGCUCCCGAGGUCGGAUUGCCGUUGGGUACGUCCUUGGAGUCGCCUUUUCCGCCGGUUCCCAGUGCGCCGUAUCGUAUCGUCUGUCGCCACUUUGAUGACACUAGCAGCUGCUGCUCUAGAAAAUAG